UGUUUCCGCAGCGCCUUAUAUGUCGGUCCAUGUUUCGGGUCACCUUGAUCAGAAUCAUAUUAAACAUUAUUAAAUCAUCUGCAUUUGUCACAGGAAAAUAAGUAUUUUUUUUUAGUUGAUUAUUAAACUCAUCAGUCCUUCAUUCUCUUUAAAUUUCCAGAUUUUUCGGUCCAACCAUCCAAAUAUUAUACUGACUGACGUCAUAAUCUGGAUAAGUGAAAAUUGAACAUAGACACAUAAGCACAAACCAGAUGUUCGAUCGAGAUCUGGGAUGCUACCUACCCCUCCUGACAAAAUGAGAUCCUCUGGUAUAAGUAAAGCUGUAUUUUGUGGGAAUUAUCUACAGAUAUUCAGCAUUCCGAUCCUGUAGCAUUCACUUCGGGCGGCAGUGUCAUACAGCAAUAUAAUGUCGAAGCUUUCCAAGGAAGAAAUCGAAGAGGCCAAGGAAGUCUUUGAGCUUUUUGACUUCUGGGAUGGUCGCGACGGAGAGGUCGACGCCUUCAAAAUUGGUGACGUCAUCCGAUGCGUAGGACUUAACCCCACCAUCGAAAUCGUCAAAAAGAAUGGCGCCACUGAUAAAAUGGGUGAGAAGUCCUACAAAUUCGAGGAGUUCCUGCCCAUCCAUGAGACGAUCAUGAACACCCUGGAACAGGGAACAUUCGCCGACUACAUGGAGGCCUUCAAGACUUUCGACAGGGAGGGUCAGGGUUACAUCUCCGGUGCUGAGCUCAGACAUCUCCUUUCCUCCCUCGGUGAGCGUUUGACUGAUGACCAGGUUGACGAAAUCAUCAGAAACACCGAUCUCCAGGAGGACCUUGAGGGAAAUGUUAAAUACGAAGGUACGUUUUCAUGCCCUCUCUGGGAUCAGGUUCAAACAAUUGCCAAAAUGUUUAUAUCAAACUGACUUCUGGAAACGAAGGAGCAAAUCCCCGUCCAUUGCUGCAACUUUUAUUAACAACAGUAACAUAGAAAAGUUUUGAUUAUUUACAUGUUAGUUGACUUGUUUUCCCAAGAUAUAGGAAUUCUUGAUCUAUAACUUUUUCUUUAUCUUCUUGCAGAGUUCAUCAAGAAAGUGAUGGCCGGACCAUACCCUGACUAGAUAUUUUAAUAAAGAAUAACAUAUAAACACAAGAACACAUCACACUCCAAAAAUAACAAAACAAAAUCUCCGUCUACAAUGAACAUUUACAACAGUGAACAUUUACAUGUGAAAAGUUACACGUCUCGUCGGAACAACAGCUGAAGAGGCCUUACGUCGUGCUGCUGCGACACCUAGCGACAAAAAUAAGAAAUUUCGAACAUGCGCACUGGAUAGAUAUUACCACCCGGAAUGCUAUGAAUCAACUAAAAAAGCCCGAACAGAGUUUUUGCGUAAGACCUCUUCAGUUACAUAUACUUUGCCGUGUUUAUCUGUUAUCAAAUGUUUUCUACGCAUCAAGAUCAGUUUUAUUAACCGGUACCGGUUGGUUACAUCAUCAAAACUUGGUAAUGACAUCAUUGGGUCACGUGACCCGUUGUACAGUUAUGUGCUCGGAAGUUGGUAUAAAUGAGAUGAGGUCGGAAUGGAUAUCCCUUUUGCAUCCUCGGCUGUGUGAAUAGUGCAGUAUUUAUUAUUUUAUUCCCAAAAUAAAUUCUGUUUUCUUUAAA